AAUGCAAUAAUGCUGUGAACCAAAGCCCCCGUUUUACCUUGUCUUGUCUCACCUUGUAAUGUGAAUAUCGCAACACUUUGUGAUGUUUAUGAAUUUUAGCUCAUCUCACUGGAAAGGCCAUGUGGACUUAUGUCCUCGCAAAUCAUCCAUUGUCCAUCUCUGUCUGUCCAUCUGUUUGUGUGAAAACAAAGUCUUGGAUCAAUGGACGUGUUUUGUCUUCAAAAUGAGCACCUUAUAAAUGUGCUGAAUUCAUUUAAUUUAGCAACAAAUUAUGUUUAAGUAAAGAGACAAACUGUACAAUGUCAGAAGUAAAUAGAUAUAACGGAAAAAUAAACAUCCCAUGUUUCUAAAAGCAUUAGCAUUUGUUUUUCACUCAAAGCAACCUAUCCGAACACUGUUAUAUAAAAUAGAUUUACACAAACACAUUUAUAAGGUGCUCAUUUUGAAGGUUUAUACAGUGUAUCUUGUCAGUAAGUAGUUGCGAGAGGUAGCAGCUUUCCACUUGCUUCUCACAAAUGUUUCUGCCAGUUCUAUGAAUCAUGUUUACUUUUGUCAUCAUCCCUUCCUAUGUACUUUUAAUUCUUGCACCUUGAGCACGCUGCAAAUGAGCACAUUAUGUAUAUGCUCAAUUAUUAUUAUUAUUAUUUAUUAAUUCUGAAUGAUGAUUUUAGCUGUAUUUUUCAUAUUUUUAUUCCUUAUGAUUCUGUUGUGCAGAUAAAAAUGACAUUAAACUAUUUAUUUUCUGAGUGUUGAUUUAACUCAGAUCAUUCCAAUUUGUCAACAGAAAUGAGUGUCCCCUGAAAUAUGGGGAAUUUUUUUUACCUUAUCCUGCAUUACUCCUUAAUGCAUUUACUGCUUUCCUUUGACAAGACGAAGCUGUGAGAUGGAGCAUCAAAGAGAAGUUGUUCCAACUAAGCGAGCCGCCAUACUGCCAUCGUACUGCGCCCAUGUGACCUGGAAAGUGCUGACAUCACGUAUCUUCACAUUACUGCUUGUCACCAGCCUGACAGGCCGUGCGAUUUUUUGCUGGGAUCAAACUUGCGACUUUACACGUUUUUUCUGUGUUUUCUUUUGUCGUUUUUCCUUUUGGAUAGUUUCUUCAAGAAACGGUUUGUGACUAUUUAUUUAAAGAGAAGAGUAAUUGUGUUUUUCCCUGGUCUGCACGUUAUUUAAUUGAUUCAUGUUUAUAUCGUGUCGUCUGCUUGUUCCAUUUAGCCAUGUUGCAUUCAGUGCACGUGAACACGGCCUCGUGUUCUGCUCUGUUUUUGCAGGUUUUAUUCCUUGGUAGUCUCUUUUAUGCUACUUUACCAAUGUUCUGUUUAUAUACUACAAUAUUCGUUACUAAAUGUAUCUGUAACUUGUCCAGUAUAUUGUUACAAGCAUUAAGUUUUCCCUUAACCAUGUUUUUGGUAGGCGGGAAAUAAUGGUUGUCUCUUUAUUUGUGUUUUUUUCUUACACACUUUAUUGGUUUUGGGCUUCUGCUUAUGUUGCAGAUUUAUGCCGCGUUAUAUUGCCUGCAACGACAGCAAGUCAAGCAGGGACCCCCAUCCGAGGUGUUUAAACUGUACUUGGCAGUGUUCCCUGACAUCCAAGUGUGCUCUUUCUCCCACAGCUUUCAAUAAGUAUUUGCAGGUUUCUAGGAAGCGAAUUACGCAACAAGCUUACAGACGCAGGAUGUCUGCUUCUCAAGACUCUAUUAUCUCCCUGGCUGCUACGGAGGUAUGUGGUUCUAUGGAGGAGACAUCAACCCCACCGACUAAGGUGAUGUCUGGUUUAUCUACUACAGCAUCUUUGAGUGGUUUGUCGACACUGCCUGGCGUCUUUGUCUUCAACAGCUUCGACACUGUUUUUUCUGACACCAUCUACUUGUCCGGCGCCUCUAGUGUCGUCUGUGAUGACAGCAUCAGCGACUGUGGCGCCGCCUAGCCUUCCUGCCUACCAGUGUGAGCUUCCAGCGCCCUACAUGGACCCAGGUUGGAUGCAGUCCUUUUUACAGUCUAUGUUUCAACAGAGGAUGGCACCUUUGGUGGUCCCUCCAUUUACUCCACAGCCGGCGUUCCCUUCCCUCCCAGGACAUGCAGUGUUUGCAGCGCCUGGGGCGCCUCUCCUGAUGGCAACUCCUCCCGCGCACACUGUACCUCUGUUGUCUACUGCACAGUCUGCACCGCCUUUACCUGCCGCGUCACUGGUUCUCUCGUCUCCGACUCCGUUGACGCUUGUAGCUUCCGUUACUGCUCCAGCGUGUGUGGCGCCCUCGGCAUCUCCUUUUUUGACACCAUCAACAGUUACGGGUAGCGCCUCUACUUCUAGUUCGCGCCAUAGCAGGAAAUCCACCAAACAGAGAUGCAGGUCUUAUAAGCACCAUUCGGAUUCAUCAGAGGGCGCUUUUGUACCGAUUGAUGAAGACUCAUCUCCAGAAAUUAAUGCUCACUUAGGACUUCGACAAGUCCCGGAGCGGAUGUCUGAUCGUCUAUCCGAGGUGGCUCCUUCCCCAGUUCCGGGUAUUGAAAAGAGGGAUAUUAUUUGGUCGGACCCAACUUCUAUCCCACCGGAUCCUAUGAUCAAGGAUUUGAUAACGACUCUUGACGAGGAUUUUGCCACGUUAUCUCUUACUCCAUCCAUUAAGGUGCCACGUUUUCGGAAGGAUGAUUUUCCUAUCCAUGCUCUUGAAGUGGCGGAUUUGCCUCACACGCUUGAUGAGGACUUACUGACUAGCUCAUCUAAACCUGCAACGCUCUGUAUGCUGGACACUUGUUUAGCCUUUAUUGAGACGGAAAUUCGAUGCUCCCUCAAACCUUUGUCGGCACUGGCAUCCUCCUUGAGGGCGAUUAGUCGUGACUUAUCUGAAAACAAUCUGAAUCGUAUAAACCAUCUCCACACUGUGAUGACUUUUCAACAGAGGCAAACUGAGCAUAUGAGUAAUCUUCUGAAGGCAAUGCUAGCUGAAAUCACGUCAACACGACGCCUGGGAUAUUUGGCUCUUUUGGAAUGGGACUCUGAAUUUAAACGACGUCUACUUCGUCAGCCUUGGUCUGCUUCCUCCCUUUUUAAUGGUGAAGUUUCCAACACACACUCCCGUGUUUCUGAUUAUGCUCGUGAUGAGACGGCCCUCAAGGCCCUGGAACAAGUUUCGAAGAAUUCAGCGCUUAAAGUUCCUAGGGUAGGGAAUUAUCAACCCGGGUGCACCUCUCUCCAGCCACAAUCCAGCCAGCCCUGUCGGGGUAGAGGUCGUGAGAGAGGGAGACAAUCUGGGAAUUACCAGCCCUGCAGGGACAGGAGUUCUGGUAGAGGGAGGGAGGGGCAAGCAAUGAAGUGCUGGACACAACGACUGGGAACUCCCAACACCAGGUUUUUACUCCCCAGUAUUCUGGUUCCCAAAAGGACUCCGACAAGUUCAGAAUGAUCCA